AUGGCGAAUUCACGUUAUCGAGGUUUACGGGUUCCUACCAGCGGAUAUCGACCUCCAAUCGUCCCCAACGGUAACAACACCGAAAAGUACUACGUAUACGAGAACAGCAACGUCGGGUAUCCGUCAAUGCCGAUGCCACAGGCUUCGUUCCUAGAACGCAUUGUUCCUCCAUGGGACGCUCACACCGUACAGCCAAUGAGUCCCUUUCCCCUUGGCUAUGGAUCGGGUACAGCUCCUCACCAAAUGGGAGGGCACUUGCAGGUGAUAACAAACCACAAUAAUAUACAACCUGGAGGUUCGGAAGGCAGAUUUGUCCAAUCUCCAAGCUCUUAUGGUUCGCCAUCACCAAACUCAUGCGGUGUACCGUCAAUCCGCCGGUGUAAAAUCAUUAAGAUUGCACUUAGCGAGGGACAAUAUAUGAGAGUAGAUCUUACCAGAUGUUUAUGUGGCAAAGAACUUCGGGAGGCUAUCAUAUCUGAGCUCCUGAAUACAACUGACCCUCCCAUUUCGCAAUUUGACAUUUUUCGUGACUAUCCUCCAGUGCCAGCACCGAGCGUAGCCCUCAAUGACCAACAGCUGAUGCUUGAUGUCGAGCACUUCGGGGACGCGGAAGGCUCGUUGAGGUUGUCUGUCUGGGGUACGAAGGCGAACUCUAAUCCCUACUGGCCCAGAGCGGAGCUCGCGCCUACUUCUUCAUACCCUCGCCUCCCAUACCCUAUCCAUACAGGCCCUUCGUUUCCUGUAAACUUGAAGACCUCGAUGGUUGGACACUAUGGCUCCGAAGCCUCUACUACGACUAACGCAAGUUCUCAAUCCAGUAGAUACCCCACCAGUCCUUCGAGUUGUACCUCCUUUCCCGGAUCCACCUACACAGCCGUGACCAUGCCCAUACCCAUGCCUGCACCCGCACCCAGAAACGAGUACGAAUACAGUCCAGCACCAGGAUUUCCUACUGCCGGUUCAUGUAAUACAUCAAACCCUACGUCUGGGAACUCUACUUUCAGAAGCCCCAUUACUCGUGGUGAAGUCCCUCGGCCUGGUUCAGUGAUUAUUGAUGGUACAAUGGUAAUGUCCGGAUUCUAUGAUGAAAAUACGCCGUUCCUCUUAGUCAAGGCAUCUGUAGGCAACUGA